CUGACAACUAGCAAAAUAAUUGUAUUGAGCGCUAACGAUCAGCAAAACACAGCGAUUGAGUGUUUACCGUGUAGUAAAAACAUGUCGACGGUUUAGUGAACUAGUUGCUACUGUAGAAACGCGCAUAAAUUAUUUUAAUCAACAUUUGUUCAACUCCUCAUAUAUUACGGUACGGUACAUUACUGAAGAGCAGGUAUGGCGACAAAAGCUUUUAGGCCGUACGCGAACCAAUGCUCGACUAAUAAACCCGUGAAGACCGAAAGAACGACGGCUCAAGCAUUUACAAUUCGCUCCAAAACACAGGGUCAGGCUAUUCGCCCGCCUCCGUCGGCGGGAGCAUUCAGGGAGAAUCCCGCUCCGCCUUCUGGGUUCCGUUACUUCUACGAUAGAGGAGAUUUCCCAGUAAGCAUAGUUCACAACGCUACCAUAAAGGUUGCUUGGCAGGUGGAGAUAGAGAAACUCGACUUUCAUCAUUAUCUACCUCUCUUUUUCGACGGAUUAUCGGAGACGAAGCAUCCUUACAAGUUCCUAGCUCGAUAUGGUAUACACGAUAUGCUGACACACGGGGGCUACAAGGUCCUCCCCGUUAUCCCCCAGCUCAUCUUACCCCUCAAGAAAGCUCUCAUGACGAAAAAUAAAGACAUAAUCUGCGCUACAUUGAAAGUGAUCCAAGAGGUGGUAAUGAGUCAUGAGCUUGCUGGUGAGGCUCUAAUCCCGUACUAUCGGCAGCUUCUGCCCGUCAUGAAUCUAUUUAAGAACAGUAACAACAACCUAGGCGACGGUAUCGAGUACGAUCAGUGGAAAGUGUGCAACGUCGGGGAUAUGGUAAACUCUACCCUAGAGCUUCUUGAGCGACGAGGGGGACAGGACGCGUAUAUCAACAUCAAGUACAUGAUACCGACGUAUGAGUCAUGUGUAUUAACAUAUUAAGUCUUAAUUGCGAUCCGACCAAUUCCACCGAGAAUGGUUUUUCGUGCCCCUUUCCGUGUGUAACCUCAGAGGAGAUAAAUGACUGGAAGCCAGAGUGCAUAUUUUUUUCAAAAAACCUCAGACGAACAUAUUUUGCAUGGACUGAAAUUGGAUUCGAGACCAUUUUUUUUAGUGUUUUCUUUAUAUCAUCAGGGAUACACUAGGUCUAUCGGCUGCACUGCUGCGAUAUAAUGUGUAUAGAAAUCAAAAUAAAACGUGUUAUUGUAGACUUCUUUAGAAUAUAUUUUAUAAAAUACAGAGUAUUCACACUGCGAGCCACAGAACAACCGACUUGAGCGGGUAUACAAUAAUAGACCUAUUUAAUCACACGUGUCUACAGAACAUUUGCCAAUCUUUAAGUGAGCUAUUUUCUGAUACUUAAAAUUUUCUGAUACUUAAAAGAUAGUAUAACGUGCAAUGUAGGCCUAUUGUAGUCAGGAAUAAUUAAAAGAAAUAAAUCAUUAAACAAAUUAUUUAUUCGAUUUAUAAUAAUUCUUUUGAUAUUAAUUUUAAAUUAAAUUUGAAAGCGCCAUGACUAUGUAUAAAACAUAUAUUAGACAUAUAGAAUGUAUAAAAUUUAUUAUCUAAAACACGUUCAAUUUUAAGAGUUUCAUAACCUCAUUAUUGUAAGAUUUAGCUUAAGGAUGUGGGUAAACUCUGGAAAACCCAUAAACAAUCCAAAUUAAACAUUGAAUUGCUUAUUUCAAACAAUUCCUAAUUCUAAUUGGAUGUUAUUGUAUGAUUUGAUUAGAUUAGAAAAUAUUAUCCAAUCAGAAUUAAGAAAUGCCUAUUUAAAAUUAUCAAACAAGUUAAUAACUUCCAAAUAGAAGUGGUUGGCGGAUCGGUUGUGGCUUGGACUUCCUGACCUUGAGGUCGGGGGUUCGAAACUCUCGCUGAGGAAGUUGCUUGUGUCCUUGGGCAAGGCACUUUAUCUACGGUUGCCUCUCUCCACCCAGGUACAAAUACUAGGUAGCCUACAAGUUGGUACCUGGUAGGUUCAAACACAACCUGUGUUGACUACAGCUGCAAUAUUAUGGAAUUCCCCCAUGGGGCCUGGGUGUGUGUUCCAUAUGAGCUUGAUCCAGUGACCGGGGAUAAUAAUGUAAGCGCAUAGAGGUCUAUACAAUCAUGCGCUAUAUAAGUCGACAAUUAUUAUUAUUAUUAAAUAGUCACAGAACAAAACAAAUCAAUUAUCGUUGAUACAUUUCUUUGUUGUCGAGGAAAUUUUGUCUCAUUGUAUUUCCAAAAUGAAAACCAAUAACUUUAAAUUAAUCAAUUCAAAUUGUUAAUGUAUUGUAUAAAAUCAGCAAUGCAGAGAAUAUUAUAAGCCAAUUAGUAGUUUGAAAUGCGCAUGGCCGUUUCAAGGUCAAUUGACAAUAAGCAGACAUACACAUAACAUAGGUUUAUGUCGAUUCACCAUAUGAUACGAGCAUGUGCAGUUCAAACAAUUCUAAAAUUGGUUUUUUUUAAUGAUACACGGUAGCUAAGAGUUUGUUGGUCCAACGUUUACCGUAUUGGUUACGCUGGAAAAAUUAAAAACUCAAUUACAGUGUCUUAUUUUUGACCCAUUCCUUGUACUUGUCUAUUUGUGGCAUUAUUUACCACAUGUUGUGAAGUCGAUUGUUAGGUCAAUUAAAAACAUUUGUAUUACUACAUUUUAAAAUAAGCCUAAAUAUAUUGUUUGAAAAGGGGGGUUAUUUUCCCAUUUAACUGUGAUGACGCAGUCAUGGCUAUCAAUAUGCGAACCUUUAAAGACCAAUUAAAUAUCAUGUGUUUUUUAAACGACGAUGAUGCCGUCGGUCUAAAACAUGAAUUUUACAAUCCAAACGAUUUUGAUGCCGAUCCUGAUUGAAUCUCUUGUGAUUCGGACUCUUUUGUUGGAAUUUAUGGACUACACAUUUCUGGAGCCACCACUGCAAAUGUAUUGUUUCAUUCCUCCGUUUUGAAAUCACAGUAAUUUGCUAUAUAAAUUAAUUUCUGUCGUUAGUGAUAACGAUAAUAAUAUUUUUAUUGGCAUGGAUAGCAGAUGAGAACAAGUUCCAUAAUUUGGCAGCAAUUUGGAUGGAUUUUUCACCCCAGUAAUUCUGUGGUUCCUGAACUUAGGUCACUGCGUCCUGGUCUAGUAAAGUUUGGUUUGAAAACUAGACAUGUCGGCAGAAGCGACCUCGAGGUUGAGAAAUCAAACCGUUACCGUUGCCAUGUCUCUCUUUGUUGCGACAAAAUCGCUGAUCUUACGAAUACGUCCAGUGUUACGAAGUCAAUAUCCAAUCUGAUUCGUUACGUUUGUAAAGAAAUCUGGAAUGACAUAUUAACACAACAGCUUGGCAAUCAAAUAUAAUUAAACAGCUUUUAAUAUUGAGUACAUCAUGGUAAACAUUUCAGUUCCAAUAAACUAUACAUAUUUAAUUACAUAUUUUUAGGCCAUACACACAAAAAAAAAAUAAUGACAAAGUUCCAACCACAAAAGCCCAAAAUGUUCAUGAUUGCAACACAUCAUUGUUUAUGUUAAUCGAACAAUUGUCUUCAAUUCGUUUUACUGUGUAUAAAAAUAUAUUUAAUGGAAUAUCCUUUUUGAAAUUAAAUUAUCGUUUAUACCCGGAAUUUACCCAAGGAACUAUUCUUAUUUAUCCCGAUUAUUUUUAAGCAUACCGCAUAGUAAGAACAUUCAAGACAAGACUGUUAAUUAUUCAUUUUAACAAGGUACGACCUAAUGGACAAAUUAUGUACAAACACAUUUGACAUUUAAAUAUAUUUAUAUGAAAUGACAGUUAUCUAAGACGCUUUAUGCUAUAGGGCCGAGGGAUAGUGUACGGUUUUAUUAAUACUGACUUAAGAACUUGUUACUUAGCAUGGUCAAAAUAACAUCACACCACACACGUUUUGGGAGCAACACAAAAUAAAACCCUUUCUGAACUUUUGAAAUUCCAACAAGUUUUUUUUUUCUUUCUCAAAAGCAUUUGCAACUUAUGUCAUUGAUCUAGAUAAUUUUACGACAUUUUGUGGAAUAUUGAAGUUGUUCUCCCACAGCAUUACGUAAUACUUAAUUUUGGCUCAUUCAUAUAAUAGGCCUAUGUCUUUAUGUCUACAUUAUCGUAUUCUGGCUAUAGGGCCUACUUAAAAAAAAAA